AUGUUACAAACGUACUCUUAUCUUGAAGUAGGAGGACAAUUAUGUCACCCGCAUUAUUGCAAAGUAUUAGAAUCGAUAGAGCUUAAUAAUAAUAGUAUCAAACCUAAUGAUAAUACAGGCAAUACUAUAUCGUCAGCAUUAUUAAGAGUAUGCAAUUUAGAAUUGGAUUUGUUAAGAUUUAAACGUAUGAUUGAAGAUGCUAAUUCUCAACUCAAAGACUUUUUUAAUUAUAUGAUAAAUUUGGUCAUUCCUAAAGAACGUUCUGCAUACAAUAUAAAUGAACGAGAUGUGUUUCAUAUUUAUAACAUAAAUGAUUACCAUGCAAUUCAUGAAAUUCGCAGACUAGAUACAGUUUCAACUUCAGCAGUGAAAUAUUUUGUUACAUACGUAGCAAAACCUGUCACAGGUUUUCAAUUUGUACCACUUACUUUUAAUGGCAAAUCAAUUCAUAAUCUAUCUAAUGUAGAAUCAUGA